GCAAGCAAGUUUUGUGUUGAUUUAGUCAGUUCACCUAAUUCGAAGAGAAGUUAAAGAUGAGCUAAGAUUUGUCAAAAAGUUAAAACUUCCUUUUCAUGGAAGCUCAACAAACUUAAAAACCUCUCUCUCCUUCUCUUUGGCAGUUUCUGUACCUGAGUUUCUUUGGAUCUGCCUUUGAUUUUCUUUCAUUUGUCUUUUAACUGCAGUUUCUUUUGGAUCAUGCAGGUUCGAGUUUUUUUUUUUUUUGGCUACAGAGCAAUCAUGCUAAUUUGCGCCUUUUCCCAAAAUCUUAUCCAUCUAUCUCGGUAAGGAAAGUAAUGUUGGCAAAAUGGUGAAGAAAGGAAGUUGGUUUUCUGCAAUCAAAAGGGUUUUUACUCCAAAUACCAAAGAGAAGCUUGGCAAUCAGGAAACAGAGAGAAAGACUGGCAAAGAAAAGAGGAAGAAAGGUUUUGGGAAGCUAAGGCAUGGAGAGACCAAUUCAUUUCUUCCCAUCUUCAGAGAGCCUAGUAGUAUUGAAAAGAUCUUGGGCGAUGCCGAGAGAGAUCACAAUCUUGUUUUCAGGCCUCCUACUCCUGAUCGACCAAACCCAUUCUCAGCCUCUCCUCCUCUGAGGCCUGCUUCUCCUCGGGUUCCUUCUCCAAGACCAACUUCUCCAAGAGUUGCCUCACCACGAGCCGCUUCGCCAAGAGCUGAAGUUCCAAGAUCCCUUUCGCCAAAGCCUCCUUCUCCGAGAGCUGAAGUUCCUAGAUCCCGUACACCAAAGCCCUCUGAUCGAUCAAAGCCAUCAUCAGCCUCUGCCAAUGCUCCUCCUCUGAGGCCUGCUUCUACUCGAGUUCCUUCUCAGAGAGUUACCCCUCCCAGUGUUCCUUCUCCAAGACCAAGUUCACCAAGAGGUGCCUCCCGACAAGCCGUCUCUUUAAAGCCACCUUCUCCAAGAGCAGAGCCACCAAUAUCGGACACUCCAAGACCUUCUUCGCCAAAGCUUCCUACUCCAAGAGCAGCUACCCUAAGAGCAGACCCACCAAGAUUGGAUGCUCCAAGAUCCACCACACCUAAACCUCCUUCUCCAAGAGCAGACGCACCAAGAUUGGAUGCUCCAAGACCCACCACACCUAAACCUCCUUCUCCAAGAGCAGACGCUCCAAGAUUGGAUGCUCCAAGACCAACCACGCCUAAGCCCCCUUCUCCAAGAGCAGACGGACCAAGAUUGGAUGCUCCAAGACCAACCACGCCUAAGCCCCCUUCUCCAAGAGCAGACGCAUCAAGACUGGAUGCCCCACGUCCCACUACGCCCAAGCCACAUUCUCCAAGAGCAGACCCAUCAAGAUUAGAUGCUCCAAGACCCACUACGCCUAAGCCCCCUUCUCCAAGAGCGGUUUCGCCUAGGGCUAUGCAGCGACGGGAGAUUGUUUAUAGACCAGAGCCAACACGUUCGGUCCAACAUGCUUCUGCAACAAAGAUUCAAGGAGCUUUCAGAGGUCACAUGGCAAGGAAGAGUUUCAGAGCUCUCAAAGGUCUAGUCAGGCUUCAAGGGGUGGUGAGAGGAUACAGCGUGAAGCGGCAGACGAUAAAUGCAAUGAAGUACAUGCAGCAAGUGGUCCGUGUUCAAUCCCAAAUCCAGUCACGUCGCAUCAAAAUGUUGGAAAACCAAGCUCAGGUUGAGAAAGAUGAAGCCAAAUGGGCUGCAUCUGAAGCUGGUAACGAUAAUUGGGAUGACAGUGUGCUGACAAAAGAGGAAAGGGACGCAAGAUCACAGAGAAAGACUGACGCAAUCAUCAAGAGAGAAAGAUCCAUGGCCUAUGCAUAUUCUCGCAAGUUGUGGAAAAACAGUCCCAAGUCUAGUCAGGGCAUUCGUUCUUCAGGUGGGUUCCCUCAAUGGUGGAACUGGGCUGACCGGCAGCAUCCUCUUGCUAGUCCUGCACCGAGCUAUAGCCAACCACUAAGAGAUUUCAGGCUAACACCAUCAAGACUGUGCCCAAGUCCUCUGUCUCAGUCAAGCAAAAAACACCAUACUACCAGGCUUGACAACCACUUUGACACUUUCACACCCAGGUCGUCGAGAUCUACAAUGCACACUCCAUCCAGAGCCAUCCACACAGGGACAUCAAGAUACUCGAGAGGAAGACUAAUAAGAGGUCAAGAAUCUCCAUUCAAGGAUGAUGACAGCCUCACAAGCUGCCCUCCAUUCCCGAGCUACAUGGCUCCAACAGUGUCUGCCAAGGCAAAGGUCAGACCAAACAGCAAUCCAAAGGAGAGAGUGAUGGGUACACCUAUGAGCGAGAAGAGGAGAAUGUCGUAUCCCCCUGAACAACAAGGUCUCGAUACUUUUAGAUGGAACAAAGGGUCAUUGCUCAUGAGCAACAGCAACAGCAGGGGUCCUGGCUCACCUGGAGGUGUGGUUCUUGAGAAGCACAAGACACUUAAAUCAGUAGGAAAUUUGAGCAUUGGUUCAACUGCCUCCACAGUUGGGAGAAAGGAAUUUAACAGAUUUGUGUGAUCUCUUUUGAUUGAAUAUUUUGUUGCUUUUGCUUCACUAUGGCUGGUGGUGUUGAUUUUGAGUGUUGUAACAUAAUAAAGUUAUGAAACAAAGACAUGAGAGGAUUUGGCUUGAAGUAGAAACUUUUAGAUUUGGUUAAUACAAUUGAAAAAGGUUGAUAGUUGAACUUAGAA